UUAAUUUCACAACCGUUUUUCUUUGUCAUACUUUACCAAUUCUAUACUCAAACUCUUCUAAUUUGUGAAUGCAUAUGAUAAGAUAGUUGUGAAGGCAACUUGUAGAAACCCAUGCAAACGAGCGUCAUAUACACCUAAUAUUUCUUGCACCAUUGUUAGGCCUCAUGCAUUAGGAAAAUUCCCGAGGAGCUUAAAUUUCUGUUUGUUUUUGUGAAGUUUCUAUCAUUGGAAAUGGGGAGUGUCCAAGCUGGAGAAGUGCCCCAUUAUGAUCGGAACAAAGAGUUGAAGGCCUUUGAUGAAACAAAAAUUGGUGUCAAAGGGAUUGUUGAUAUGGGAAUUGAAAAGAUUCCUCGCAUUUUUGUUCGGACACAAGAUGAGUUCACCGAGGACUUGGCUUAUACAGAUGCUGCAAAGGAUCAGUUCCAGACUCCGGUUAUUGACCUCCAAGGCAUUGAUCAUCGGCGCAACGAGAUUAUCCAUGAGAUUAGACGUGCAUCCAUGACUUGGGGAUUUUUUCAGUUGGUGAAUCAUGAAAUACCUAUGAGUGUGACCAAUGAAAUGAUCGAAGGAAUACGUAGGUUUCAUGAGGGAAAUGUGGAGGUGAAGGAAAAGCUAUACGUGAAAGACCUCAGCCAAAAAGUACAGUAUGAUAGCAACUAUGAUCUUUAUAAAUCAAGAUCUGCUAAUUGGAGGGAUACCUUUAGGCGUCGUUUGUUAAAUCCAGAUCCUAUAGAUCCUCAACUAUUGCCUGACACUUGCCGGGAUAUAGUAGUUGAGUACUGGAAGCAUAUUAUGAGCCUAGGAGAAACUCUUGCUGAGUUAUUAUCAGAGGCUUUAGGACUACACAAGGACCAGCUUAAAGGCAUGGAUUGUACUCAAUACUUGAUAUUCUUAAUGACAACUGCAAGAUGA